AUGGGCCUUCUUUGGAGACUUUCCAAGGACUGGAGCCCUUGCGGAAACCGUCUGCUUGGCGUGCUGGAUGCUCCAGGCAGGAACAUGGUGAACCUGUGGACGGUGGCUGAAGGCAGUCGGCCAGGUCCUGCGUAUUCGCUGCCGACAGACAGCGAAGCGAUGUUGAGGACAGGCGCACAUGAGGCUCCCACUGCCCGGGCACAGCUCAAACUGGCGCCGAACCGUGAAGAGCGAUGGCCCAGCAGCCUGCGGGGCUACUCCCCAGGUUCUACCGCAGCCCCGGAUUCUGCAGAGUCACCUCUUUCUCCAGGUGAAAGCCCGAUACCUUCGCCAGCAUCUUGCCCUUUCGGACAACAACGGAGGACAUCGCUGACGGUGGAUUUACGUCGGGCUUCACGCGAUAGCCGAGAGACCCUGAAGACAGAUUCAUCGACUUCCCUGCCAGACGACGAGGAACACCAGGGCCAGAGAGGAGAAGCUCUGCCCGCUCUGCACGAAGCUCUACAGGCUUCCCUGGAUGGGAUGGCCGGUGCCUGCAGCCGCCUUCGCGGAGAGGAUGUGGUGAGUGUAAUUGAGAAUGGAGAGCUCACAGUGUUGGGCUUUGCUCCUUCGGUGACCGCUCUGCAUAUGCAGCAGGAGAUUGCAGCAUCGCUGAAGCGAAGCUCAGAGCUUGCAAACGAGAUUCUCACGGAGGCAGAAGAUGACUGGCAGGAAAGUGCCAGCCAGGAGCAGACAAGGGCUGCGAAGGCGGAGAAGCGUCUCGCGGACAAGGACAGGGAAAUCCUGUCGUUGCGUGAAGCACUACACGCGGAGCGGGAUGCCCGAUCUUGUGCUGAGGCCAAGCUUAACGAGCUGCGCAACACCUUGCAGAGCCGUGACGAGAUGCUGCAUGUGAAGAAUGAGGAGCUCUCGAAGCUUCACAUGGAGCUGCACAGCCUUGCGCGAGAGCACUGCGCACUGCAGCUACGCUGCCGGCAGUCGGAAGAGUCCAGGCAUGAAGGUGUCGCUGACGCUUCCUCCGAGCUCUCGUUCCUCCGCCGGCAGUGCAAGCUGCUUCAGGAGAUGAACCAACAGUUGCGGGACCAAAGCAAGACGUUGUUUGCGACACCGAUGCAGCUCCAGGUGGCUGAAGACGAGGUUCCUGCUGAACCGAUUUCACGGGAUGCCUCCAAAGAGUCCACGAAGGACACAGAAAGAUGGGAGAAUUGGCAGCCACGGCAGUCCUGGGCCUCUACCCUCCAUCAGCCGCGCAGCCGUGCGCGCUAUGUCGUAGGAGGACGCAAGCCAACGCGUGAAAAGCUUGUUCGGCGUUGGGAGAGCUUGUCCAUAGCUGGCUAUUGCCGACAGCUUUUCAAUGCUAAAGCGGUCACGGGGCAGGGGCAUGUGUCCCAGAAGCACCUGCACCGGCCGAUUGCAGCAGCUGUCCGGUAA